AUGUCAACACAAGGCAGACUUCUCCUUAAUCUCUGCAAUGACCACCAUCUCACGAUUCUCAAUAGCUGCACCUCGUUACCUGGUACCCACUCUUCCAUGACAUCCUUCCAACACCGUCACAAUGCUCAAGGUCUCACCAUUACCUUAACUUCUGUAAUAGAUUACUUUAUAAUUACCCCAUUUCUCUUCCCUUUCGUAUCCAAGCUUAACGUGAGCCCUGAAUCAAAAUGGUCCGACCACUCUCCCAGCACCCUCGAAAUUAUCUCUCCUGGGGUUUCUCCUACGCGGAUUUCUUCCAGGACAGGAUACUUCACUCCAAACCUCGCUCCCACUAGUCUCAACUGCUCAUCUUACCGCUCAUGCUCCAAUGUGGGCCAACCUAAUGCCCAUGCUGGGUCAGGUGUCUUCUUCGGUAAUUCAUCUCAUUCACUAAACACCAUUGUGCAUGUCACGGGAAAACAAACUAACAACCGUGGCAAACUCUUGGCUGUCCUCAUCGCAAUCCAGAAAUCUCACACGAGACGCUGUCUCAAAAUAUUCUUGGAUUCCAAAUACGCCGUUCACGCUAUCGUCUACCAUGCUCCUGUCAAGUCCAUGCCUCGGUGCCCUACUCCGCCACUUGGUACUCCGAGAUCCACCGUUUAUUGUGAUCUUGUUCUUAUUGUUCUUUCUCACUACACAUUCCCUUUCUACCUAGUCUCUCCUUAUUGUCUUAUUCUCUACCCUGCAGGUACUACACAUAUAGCUCCUAGUAUUUAG